AUGCCGGAAGUACCGGAGUUUCAGCAAAUUCAAAUGCCGCACCCGUCAGCAAUACAUCCAGCAUCGAUGCAUGUGUCCGCCGGCCUGCCAGCGAACCACUUUUUGCCCAGUCCGGCACUGGCCAGUCCGGUCGGCAGCACUGCUGGCGGCAAUCAGCCACCGAACCCGCCGCUAGCCGCCAAUGCUCCCUGCUCGACACUGUUCGUUGCCAAUCUGGGACAGUUUGUUUCCGAGCAUGAGCUGAAAGAAAUUUUCGCUAGUCUGCCUGGCUUCUGUCGCCUUCGUUUGCACACUAAGGGUUCAGCAACAACUACCGGUUCCGCACUCUCUACUACCAACACCACCACGCUUGUAAAUGGGACGGGUGGUGGCGGUGCGGCCACCCCGGUCCCGGUUGCGUUCGUAGAGUUUAAGGAUGUGGUCAGUGCGGCGGCAGCGAUGGCCGCCCUGCAGGGCAAGUUCCUGCUGUCAUCCGACCGGGGCGCUAUGCGCAUCGAGUUCGCCAAAUCGAAGAUGGCCGCGGACAUACCGUCGCACCAGUUCUACGCACAGAAUCACGCGCAGCAGAGAGAAGGGGGCGGGUUUGGAGCCAAGAAUGGAACAUCAUUUGGGGAAGAAGAGUGAACGAACCGAUCUCAGCUCGUACCUAAUGGCAACAACCUGACCGCAACAUCUGCAACCCGUAGCCACCACCAUCAUGAACCAUAGCAAUCUUAGCGGCAACCAACAUUGCAUCAGCAGCACCGGCUCCACCAUCUUGAA